AUGGUUGAGGUGCAAGACAAGAGCCUGGCACUCGACCCCGAGGCCAAUGCUCUGUCAGUAUCAGAUAGCGGCUCGGAUCGACCGACCCCAACCACCGAAGAGAGAGAGAAGCUACGCAAGAUAGCAGGGAGUAUCCCAUGGGUUUCGUACCUGCUGUGCAUCGUUGAGCUUGCAGAGCGAGCCUCCUUCUAUGGUUGCAAGACAGUCUUCAACAACUUCCUUCAGUUCCCUCUGCCAAAGGGAGGCAAUGGAGCUGGAGCUGUUGCUAAGGACGACCCGAAUGGCCAUGCUGGUGCUUUAAAUCGCGGGUUACAGUUUGCCUCGGCCAUGGUUCUCUUGUUCAACUUCCUUGCCUACGUCAUUCCAAUCUUUGGUGCGUGGCUCGGUGACACCAAGACCGGCCGUUUCAAAGCCAUCAUGUAUGGAGUCAUCAUCGGCGGCGUGGCACACGUUAUCAUGGUUGGAGGCGCAGCUCCUGCUGUUCUCAAAGCCGGCAAUGGACUUGCACCAUUCAUGGUCAGCUUUUUUCUGCUGGCAAUUGGAGCCGGACUAUUCAAGCCCAAUGUUGUUCCUCUCAUCAUCGAUCAAUACACCGAUCAGACAGAAUAUGUCAAGACACUCAAGUCUGGUGAGAGGGUUAUCGUCGAUCCCGAGACCACCAUCCAGAGGAUCAUGUUGAUCUUUUACAUGUGCAUUAACGUUGGUGCCUUUUUCAUGAUCGCCACAACUUAUAUCGAGAAGUAUGUUGGCUUUUGGCUUGCUUUCCUCCUUCCAGGCAUCGUCUACAUUUUGUUGCCGGUGCUGCUCAUGUCCCAGUACAAAACUCUCAAGCGCACGCCGCCUCAAGGUUCUGAUCUCAACACCUUCUUCAAGAUCGUUGGGGCAGCCAUCAAAGAGAACAAAGGCAGACUCUGGGCCAAGAACUUCUUCGAGUCGGUCAAACCAUCUGUUCUUGCUGCAAAGGGCAAGACAGUUUCUUGGGAUAGUCGGGCAGUCGAGCAUGCUCGCAGAACCCUGUCUGCAUGCCUGAUCUUCCUCUACCAGCCAUUGUUCUAUCUCAACAACGGUGGAGUUGGUAACGUAUUGUCUAACCAAGGAGCGUCGAUGACUAUGAACGGUGCACCCAACGAUCUGAUUCACAACUUCAAUCCCCUCACCUUGAUGAUCUUUGCGCCCAUCAUGUCGUACGUUCUUUACCCUCUGUUGAACAAACACCACAUCAAGUUUGGUCCCAUCAGUCGCAUGACUGUCGGCUACAUCUCCGCCAUUCUCGGAAGUCUCGUCGGUGCAAUUAUCCAGUGGAGAGUCUACAAAACCUCACCCUGUGGAUACCAUGGCUCAACCUGCGACGGCGUGUCACCUGUUUCCAUCUGGUGGCAGCUACCCACUGUUAUGCUGGGGGCUAUCGGCGAGUUGUUUACCGCUGUCACGGCAUACGAGAUGGCAUAUGCAAGGGCGCCUGAGGGUAUGAAGUCGACUGUUGUCGCUAUCAACUUGGCUAUGCAGGCUCUAUCCUCUGCGCUGGCUCAGAUUUUGAUUCCUUCCAUCGCCGAUCCCAAUCUGAUUUGGGCAUGGGCCGCUCCUUGUAUUGCUCUGUUUAUUCAGACUAUCAUCUUCUGGGUGCGACAUCGUCAUGUUAACGAUGAGAAGUAUCUGAUUCGCGAGACCUUUGAAGAAGAUAAUCCCGCCUGUACAGAGAAGUAA